AAAGGUUUAGGAAUUGUUUGACAAGCACAGUUCAAUCAGUUCCUUUGACUUGCAAACAUCAGAAAAAAUGGCUUUCAAGUUCGUGACCUUCCUCGCCCUGGUGGCCGUUGCCCGUGCCGGAGUCAUCUCCGGACCAGCUCUGUCUUAUGCUGCUGCUCCGGCGCUGUCCUACGCUGCUGCUCCUGCUCUGUCCUAUGCCGCCCCAGCUCAAUUGGCCUACUCAGCACCAAUUGCCAAGACCGUGUCCUAUGCCGCGCCUUUGGCCACCAAGACCCUGGUCGCUGCCCCGCUAGCCAAGACCGUUGUCGCCGAUGAGUACGACCCACAUCCAGAGUACUCCUUCUCCUACGGAAUCUCCGAUGCCCUGACCGGUGACCAGAAGGAACAGCACGAAUCCCGCAGCGGAGAUGUUGUCCAGGGAUCGUACUCGUUGGUCGAUGCUGAUGGAUACAAGCGCAUCGUUGACUACACCGCCGAUCCCAUCCACGGAUUCAACGCUGCUGUCCGACGGGAACCACUUGCCGUCAAGACCAUCGCCCCGGUUGUUGCUGCCAAGACCAUCGUGGCCCAGCCAGCUUAUGCCAAGACCCUCGUGGCCCAGCCAGCUUAUGCCAAGACCAUCAUCUCGCAGCCAGCUUUGGCCUCGUACUCCGCUCCAUUGGCCACUAAGGCUAUUCUGUCGCAGCCCGCUUACGCCAGCUACGCCUCCCCAGCCCUGUAUCACUAAGUGAUUCCUUCGACUGAUACCAACUGAUUGUUUAACUGUUUAAUAAUUUAUUGCCAUUAAAAGAAUGCAAAGAAUGCACUUUUUGUAAUGAA